CAACACAAAUUUCUCAAACUCAAAUUCAAUCACAACACAAACAAGUUUUAUCUUUCAAACUUCUACUCUCUAAAAAUGAAGAGCUUUUCCCUGCGUUUUGUUGUCUUUGUUUUUGUUGUUCUUCUUGCUCUAUCCUACAUAACAUCUGCUCGUGUCCUACUACCUAAACUUGAACAAGGUAAACAAGAAUUGGAGAUCAAGAGCAAUGCUGCCAAAAUUGAGGAUGUAUCCAAUCUGAUGGGGUUUGAUGAGAUCGAAGUAUGCAGGAAUAAAGGAGAAGAUUGCAAUGCUGAAAGGAAACUGCUUGCUGAGGCUCAUUUGGAUUACAUUUACACCCAAAAAAUUGACAGCCCUUAAAAAUUUGCUACUAUUUACCAAGGAUAAUAAAUAUUAUAGUAGACAUUAAAUAGUAACUAAAUGAAUGUGACUUCAUGCAAACUAGAAAGUGUUAGAAGGCUGUAUUGCCAGUAUAUUAUACAUAGUUCAUGCAAUAUGUAUGGCAGGAACUCAGGAAGUAUCAAAUACCAAAUAGUGGAAAGGCAUCAAUCAUAUCAUAUGACAUAGUUCAUAAAUCAUAAUAUUCCUAUAUUAUCAAUAAUAUUGCAAUUUGGAAUCUCGA